AUGACAAAAACAACCUGCCCCAAGUGUCGAGGCGAAGGAAAAAUCCGUCGACCACCGUCCAAAAAGGCAAGGCUAAAGCAUCAACGUCAAAUGCAACAGGAACAGGAACAAAAGAAUAAAGGAGGAGACGAUAAUGACGAUACACCAAACGACAGCAAACGAGUCAAGCUGACGACUCCUCCUCUUCCACCUCGCUUGGAACCAUGCAAAACUUGCAACCAAACUGGAAUCAUUGACUCCCUAGAGCUUCCUAAUGUUAGGAAUGAUUGCUAUCCUUCGAUUGCAAUUGUGGGUGGUGGAUUGGGUGGAUUGGCGUUGGGGAUUGCCUGUUCUCAUCGAGGGAUUCCCUUUCAAGUCUUUGAACGGGAUACCUCCUUUUUGAUGCGAAAACAAGGAUAUGGUUUGACCUUGCAACAGGCGAGUCGUGCCUUGGCGGCCUUUGGAAUUGAAUCCCUCCAAGAUGGACUCACCUCGACCAAACACAUCGUCCACACGACGGAUGGGACUCCCAUUGGGGAAUGGGGAUUGCGCAAAUGGGGUCGGGAUCAAGACAAAAAGCCACCCAAACGGCAAAAUGUCCACAUUGCGCGACAAGCGUUACGGAGAGAGUUGUUGGAUGCAUUGGGCGGCGAGGAAAGGGUAUCCUGGGGUCACAAGCUAAUGGACAUGGUGGUAAAAGAAGAUGAAAAAUACACACUGUCCUUUCAGAAAAAUGAUGGAUCCAUUGUUCAACAUGAGGCUGACAUGGUGGUGGGAGCCGAUGGUAUUCGAAGUACGGUUCGAAAGCAUUUGCUUGAAUCAACAACAACAUCAACAACAGAAGAAGAAGGAGACAUUGUCACUACUACUGAAACUGAAACUACAGCUACACCACUGCGCUAUCUCGAUUGUUUGGUCGUACUGGGGAUUUGUUCGCUGAACUUGUUGGAUAAGAAGACGACUACGGAAUCGGAACUCUUGGAUGGCCAAACUGUCUUUCAAACGGCUGAUGGAAGUACACGAAUAUACUUAAUGCCAUAUUCUUCCACUGCGUACAUGUGGCAAUUGAGUUUCCCCAUGAAGGAUGAAGCACUGGCCAAGGAAAUAUCAAAUAAUGGACCUACCGCUUUGAAACAAGAAGCAUUGGAGAGAUGUAGGAAAUGGCAUUCUCCAAUUCCUGAAAUUUUGGAAAAGACACCGGUCGAUCUCGUUUCCGGUUACCCCGUCUACGACCGAGACUUGAUUACCUUGGACCUGCUCCGUCAUAAUGGUAACAAUGAUUCCAAGAAAAAAUCUGCCAUGACAUUGAUUGGAGAUGCUGCCCAUCCCAUGUCACCCUUCAAGGGACAAGGUGCCAACCAAGCACUGUUGGAUGCUAUUUCCUUGGCGCGGUCCAUUGUUCGGGCCACGCACAAGAGAGGAGACGCCAAGACGGACAUUCCAAUGGCUCUGGACGAAUAUCAUGCCGAAAUGGUCGAGCGAACUGCCGUCAAGGUCCAGGCAUCCGCAGAGGCGGCCCAGUUUUUGCAUUCCAGCGUGGCCAUUCAAAAGGGUAACGUCACAAGGGGUGCUGCCGCCGCAUCCUCCGCACAGCAAGAAUCAAUCCUAAAAACAUAA